UCGGGCUAAAGUUUGGGUAGGCCACGGGCUUGUGCGUGCCUACGCCGGCCGCUGACUCCCUCUCCUCUAAGCUGUCCGUCCCCGCCGCCGAUCUUCGCUCGUCCUCCGGCGACCUAUGUCUGCGGCUGUGAUGCAGGCCACAGCGCCCGUAGAGCGCCGCGACUCCUCCAGCGGCGGAGCGGAGAUUGCGUACGUUAGCUACGGCGGUGAGCAGCACCUCCCACUGGUGAUGUCGCUGGUGGACGCGGAGCUCAGCGAACCCUACUCCAUCUUCACCUACCGCUACUUCGUCUACCUCUGGCCACAGCUCACCUUGCUCGCGUUUGAUGCCAAUGAUGGUAAGUGCGUGGGGACAGUGGUUUGCAAGAUGGGGGAGCACAGAGGCGCCUUCAGGGGGUACAUCGCCAUGCUCGUCGUCCUCAAGCCCUACCGAGGACGAGGAAUCGCAACUGAGCUGGUUACUAGAGCCAUUCGGGUAAUGAUGGAAUCUGGCUGUGAGGAGGUGACGCUUGAAGCAGAGGUUACAAACAAGGGUGCCCUCGCUCUGUAUGGCCGCCUAGGUUUUAUCCGAGCAAAGAGGCUGUACAGAUACUAUCUAAAUGGCGUGGAUGCUUUUCGCCUCAAAUUACUGUUUCCACGCCCCGAUCUUGGUCUAGAUCCAAUGAUGAUGCUUGGUGACGAGAGGGAUGGUCAACACAUGGAUUCCCCGUACUUGUGAUAAUACCCUGAUCAAAAGCGGAAGAUGGAAAUCAAGCUGUUAUUUUUGUUGUGUUCUUUUUCCUGUUUGAUGCUUUCAUGUCUUCAUUACAUGCAGUAGCUAUUUUCUUUUUUGAGAAACAAGUGGUUUUCGGCACUGCUGCUUCUGGUAAUUUUGAAACCCUGAAGAGGGCAUUAGAAGUUCCAAACAUAUCUGAAUAUCUUUUCACGUGUAAACGUGAGAGUACCCUCUUGACGAAAAGUCUCAUGGAACAAUAUCGUCAUGGAUAUUUUUGUAA